CUGUGUGAAGUCCAUCUGCAGCACGGUGACCGCCGGCCGGGCUUGUUUUUUGGCGUGUGACCCCUUCCUUUUCACCCCAGGGGUCACUGGGGUGUCAGACGUCUUGCGGGGUGGAGCAACUCCUGAAAGAGACAAAGUUCGCCUUCAGCCAAGAGGAGCGGUCAGAUGCGAAGCACGACGGCCAAGCUAAGAAACGAGGUGGUGCCACUGCAGCUCCCCAGUGUGCAGCGUUUGGACAACCUUUGUCUCGUCGGGAACAGCGGCGCAGCCGCGAGCCUCGACCCGGACAUCCCGAGCAGCCGCAGGCGAAAACACAAGUUACUGGAGACCGAGAUCAGCGCCAAGAGAAAGGAGUGUCAAGCGCCUGGGGCGGAGGUGAAGAAAACAAAUCCAACAUGCCAGACUUUGGAGAAUGAGCUUCAAGACUUUUUCCAGGAGAACAGGCGCUUGAGCCUCCAGUUUUUCAACGGCAGUCGCAAAUCAUCCGAAUAUGAGAAGGUGAAGUCUGACUAUGCCCAACUCAAAGAUACGCUCGGUGCUGUGACGCAGGAGAGAGAUUUAGCCCUGUGGGAGAGAAACCAGCUCCGAGGCAAACUGGAGAACCUAGAGCAGGUGCUCAAGCAUAUGCGUGAGGCUGCGGAGCGGCGGCAGCAGCUCGAGUUGGAGCAUGAGCAGGCCUUGGCUGUACUCAAUGCAAAGCAGCAGGAGAUUGACCUGCUUCAGAAGGCUCAGGUUGAGGCUAAAAAGGAACAUGAGGGCGCUGUCCAUCUGUUAGAGAACCACUUGGAUAGCAUGCAGGCCAAAGUGCGCGAGCUGGAGGAGAAAUGUCGGAGUCAGAGCGAGCAGUUCAACCUGCUGUCCAAAGAGCUGGAGAAGUUUCGGUUGCAGGCCGGGUUCGACAUCCUCAGCACUGAACCUUUGACAGUGUGUGAGUCGCCUGCUUCUCCCAACAAAUCUCUGUCCAAGCUCCUCAAUGGAUUGGCAACCCCCGUAGGGAAAGGCAGCGAGACUCCAACAAGCAGAUCUUUGAUAUCGGAGUUCAUUCGUCCACUGCAGAGCGCUGGAGACAAACCGGAGCUUCUCUCUGUCAAGCCGACUUUCCUCACUCGCAGUCGAGGCGGCAGCGGCUCAGCACGGACGCUUCUCUCGGAGAUGGACAAAGAGCUCGGUUCGACCACCAGGUCUAAACCGAGGUUUACAGGGAAGGUCCGUCUGUGUAUAGCUCGCUACAGUUACAAUCCUUACGAUGGGCCAAAUGAGCAUCCAGAAGCAGAGCUCGCCCUGGUGGCAGGAAAGUACCUCUACGUUUACGGAACAAUGGAUGAGGAUGGCUUUUAUGAAGGAGAGCUGCUCGAUGGCCAACGGGGCCUCGUCCCCUCCAAUUUUGUGGAUUUUAUACAGGAGGAGACAUCCUCCGUUCAACACAGGGACUCGCUAGCUAAAGAACCUGGCAACCUCAACCACAGUAGCCUGGGACCUCAGAGACCGGGGGUCAGCAGGGGGAUCGGGACGGGUUUCGGCAGCCUGCUGCUGUCUGACGGCAAACAUGGCUGUCCAAACAGCAGCAGCACCGGCAGCAGCCUGGGCGCGGACCUCCUGGGCUCCUCCAGCAACGGGACGGGAACUUUAGACGUCAAUAUUGACGAGGUCGGUGAAAACGUCGUGCCUUAUCCUCGCCGCAUUAACCUGAUUAAACAACUGGCCAAGAGUAUCAUCAUCGGCUGGGACCCCCCUGUGGUUCCUCCUGGCUGGGGCUCCAUCAGUGGCUACAAUGUCUUGGUGGAUAAGGAGUUACGGAUGAGUGUCCCCUACGGGGGCAGGACUAAGGCCCUUAUUGAGAAACUCAAUUUAGCGACCAACACUUACCGGAUCUCAGUGCAGAGCGUCACUCAGCGCGGCUUGUCAGACGAGCUGCGGUGCACGCUGCUGGUGGGCAAAGACGUGGUGGUGGCACCUUACUACCUGCGGGUGGACAACACCACGCAGGGCUCAGCUGAGCUCUCGUGGAUGCCCAGCAACAGCAACUACAGUCACACGCUCUUCCUCAAUGGCGCAGAGUACGACAUGGUCAAGGCUGGGGGGUAUCAAUAUCAAUUCUUCAACCUGAAGCCCAUGACGGUUUACAAAGUGAAGGUCGCGGCACAGACGCACCAGGUGCCUUGGCAGCUUCCAACGGAGCAGAGGGACAAGAGGGAAAUCUCUGUGGAGUUCUGCACUCAACCUGCAGGUCCCCCACUUCCACCACAGGAGGUUCAGGUCCAGUGUGGUCAGACACCCGGGGUCCUGCAGGUUAGAUGGAAGCCCCCGCCGCUGACUACGGCUGGCACUUCCAACGGUGCCAGCGUAAUUGGCUAUGCCGUAUGCACAAAGGGACAAAAGAUUGCCGAGGUCCUGUACCCCACCGCAGACUACGUGACGGUGGAGUUAAACAGAAUCCAAUGCCUGGAGGCCAGGGAGGUCAUUGUCAGGACAUUAUCGACACAAGGAGAGUCCCAGGAUUCCCCCGUGGCCGCCAUCCCACAUAAUCUAUUGGGCUCGCCUCGCCUCGCUCACCGGACUUGCGGGCCGCAGCCGCCGUCCCGCCCCGCUCUCUCCCAAGCCCGCCCUCCGUAUCCGUCCACGUAUCCCCCGAUCCAUCCCCAGCCGCAGGUGCGGCAUCCUAUGCCUCCAGCCCAGCCCCACGCGCAGACGUGCUCGCAGCCCAUCUGUCACCCUCCGCCCCACGCCAACCCUCAGUUCCAGCGCCAGCCCGUGUCCGAGUCAAAACCGCUCCUAAGUGCCAGAGAGCCAGAAACCAAAGAGCACGAGGCGGGCGUGCGGCCCGGCCCGCCCUGGGAACGCUCCCCCUCCCCGCUGCCUCCCCCGCGCGGCCCCGACCUGGAGCCGCCGCCCUUCCGAACCCGCCGAUCGCCCUCGCCUCAGAGGAUCCUGCCGCAGCCUCAGGGAGUCCCCAUCCCCAACACCAUCGCCAAGGCCAUGGCCAGGGAAGCUGCCCAGAGAGUCUUUGCUCAAGGCAACAGGGUGGAGAAGAGGAACAUCUUCAGCGAGCGCGGUGACGCCCUGCACCCGCUGAACUCCGACGAGGAGGAGGACGCCUACGAUUCUCCUCGCGCAAGAAGAAGAGGCGCCUCGGUGGAUGAAUUUCUUCGAGGCUCCGAACUGGGCAGACAGUACCGUCAUCAGCAGCAGCAGCAGCAGCAGCAGCAGCAGCAGCACUACAGCCACAGCGAGGAGUAUUACACGGAGAGCAGCCGGGGUUCCGACUUGUCCGACAUCAUGGAGGAGGACGAGGAAGAUCUCUACUCUGAGAUGCAAUUGGAAGAGGGCCGCAGGAGGAGCAUCAACUCUCACAACUCUCUCAAGGCGUACUACAAGCGUCAGGACCUUGCUGAGGAGAGAGACUGCUGGGACCUCCACAGGGAGGUGGUCAAGCAGAAGUCGCUGCGCAGCAAGCGUCUCCACAGCAUCCCGGAGGUGGAGGAAGAGACCGACGGCGUGGACGACGCGGGCCAGCGCCUGCGCUUCGAGGGAGGCGGCCGGCCGGGAACGCCGCGCGCCGCGCGCCGGACGUUCGGCCGCGACGGUCACGAGCGCGAGCGCGUCGCCGCCGGCGAGAACCCUCGCCAUUCGCGGCGCCGGCGCUCUUUGCCCCGCUUCGCCGACAUCCGCUACUUCUACGGCGCCGAGGACCGCGUCCCGGGCCGACCCGACCGCCAGAACGCCAAGAGCCCCGACAGCGGUUUGGACUGCGGGAGUGAGGAAGAAGGAUCCCUGGGCAGGGGUCACGGCGGUUACUGUGCCCACGGAGCCCCCGUGCGCAUCAUCCACUGCGAAGGGCCGGUAGAAAGGCGAGCGCUAGCCGUGGGCCGCAAGAGAACUUUGAGCCGCCGGCGCAGCGUCCGGGAGGACUUUGCUGACGUUGCGGCGACCUCGGCAAAGUCCGUCCACACGGGCGACUUUAAAAAGCGAGAAGACUUUGGGCUGAACGAGCUCUAUUCCGCCCGUCGCGGGGAGGCUAGGGCCCGCUCAUUGUCCAGGCUCCGCUGGGACCCGCCGCCGCUCAUUGGAAACUCGCCAGCUCAUGGAAUUGCGGAGCGUCUGGACCGCGCGGGGCGGAGGCCGGUCCACAUCGGCAGCCCCCCUCAGCGACGGCCCAUCCCAUCCAUCGAGAUCACCGUGGACAGUAACAGUGAGGGGAGUGAGGGGAACCUCUCACCCGUCAAGGACGAUGUUUACUAUGGCAGUGUAGCUCGGCGAAGGAUAUGGCCAUCUAUGCCCUCAGACGAUCAAUAUGACAGCUACGGCGGACGCGGGCACGGGCGGGGACGCCGCUCGCCGGACUACUUCGACGAAUCGGAAGCGGACGAGCUGACUCGUGUCUUUGUGGCCCUGUUCGACUACGACCCGCUGUCCAUGUCUCCCAACCCCGAUGCCGCCGACGAGGAGCUUCCGUUCAAGGAGGGCCAGGUCAUCAAGGUGUUUGGGAAAAAAGACACGGAUGGCUUCUACAGGGCGGAAAUCAGAGACCGAGUGGGUUUGAUCCCUUGUAACAUGGUGUCUGAAAUCCAAACGGAGGACGGUACCAUGAUGGGCCAGCUACUCAAACAAGGCUUUCUGCCACUCAACACUCCCGUGGACAAGUUAGUGAACUGCGAUCGUUUCAAAGACGGACGCGCAAUAAAUCGCAGGUCCCGAAAGUCCAAGCGAGAGAGGAACAGACGGAGCGGCCGUCAGCAUCCGAUGUCGACCCGCAGAAUGGUGGCCCUGUAUGACUACGACCCAAGAGAGAGUUCCCCAAACGUCGACAUGGAGUACGACGGCACCAGACGAGAUGACGAGGCUGAAUUGACUUUCUGUGCUGGGGACGUCAUCGCGGUUUUUGGGGAAAUAGAUGAAGAUGGAUUUUAUUAUGGGGAGCUCAACGGGCACAACGGACUCGUUCCUUCCAACUUUCUCGAAGAAGUGCCUGAUGAUGUGGAGGUUUUUCUCACGGACUCACCAUCUCGAUACCCCCAGGACACUCCCGCACGGAUGAAGACUAAAAGGGUUCCGUGGGACAAAUGGGCUCCGCCCAGAAGAGCAGGCUCUCCCACAGUGCAUCCACACAUCCUCCGUCCCAUCAGGGCCCCACUGGACAUGCACGUCUCCCGAAAGACAAAAGGACCGCAGUCCGAAGGGAAGAAACGGUUGCUUGGCGCUCUUAGCAGACAACUUGGCCUGUUUGUGACUCUCAGUGGACAGGUCUUAAUCAGCAGUUACCAAGUGAACCGUGAGGUACCGUCCAAGCAACCGAGGGCCUCGGUAGCCGCUUCCGGUCACACCUCCGCAUACAGCACUUGCCUAACUGAUUGGUUAGUUUGACUUUGUCAAGCAACAUCACCACUUUCAUGCAGACGUCUCAUUUGUUGUCCAGGCUACUGUAAAUGUCCUAUUUGCUUAAGAUCAGAUCUUGCACAUAACCCUCCAAGAGUCCUUUGCCUGAUGACUUCAAAAUGUUUUUUUUUCUUCCCCCCCAGCAGUAAAAAUGAGCACUUGCAGUAUGUUAUGACCCUUUGGUGACAGGAAGACUGAAGAUUUGAUUGCCAGUGGAGUCCGCCUGAAAAAAGGCUACUACCUCUUUCCAGUCCCUCCACCCUGUACCCAAACCCACUUCGUCGGGAAAUGUUUGAUCUGCUGAACACUCCGAUGAUGGUGCAGGAUCCACGUACUGUAAAUCUCUAUGUAGUCACACUCCCUCUACGGUCUGUAGUGAAUGUAUCAGUUGAAAGCCAAUAUAUUUAUUUUGGUGCCCCCAACAGUGCAACGGCCAUGUUGGCAUUAAAACCUCAUUCCAUCAAAUGUGACGUGUACGCUGACAAAUACUGCAACUGCCAAAAGAAAGAUCAAAUGUAUGCAAACCGUUCUGAAGUGUACACUUCUUGUUCACACGCAUCUCAUCAACGGGGUAAACCUAACCCGAUCAUUUCUUUAGCCCAUAUCGCUUCCAAUCAUUUUUGUGUGACUGUUGCUCUUUUGUAAAUUGUUUAUAAAUGUUUAUACUUGAUUUUCAAACUGCCUUUUUUGUACGUUCACUUUAUAAUUAAGCAGUGUGUUUCCCAUAGUGUCUUGAAGACCUUUUAGUUUGCAAUGUGAGCUAGCUUUAUGAUAAUAAUCAGCCUAUAUUGAUGGGUCCAAACUACUGUGUGGGUGC